UAAACUUUUUAGGCCUUCUUAAAUAUGUCAUUGCAUAAAUUAAUUUCUUGUUCUUCUAACAACUCUCACCUAUAAAUAAAAGUAGUCUCUCGCAAUAACUUCCUCAAGGGACUUAUAUCAACCAAAAAUAAAGUGUCAGAUGAAGGGACACACAUGUUUUCCUUAUCUAAGUAACACUCAUUAAACCUUCUCUCUACCUUACCUAUUUGAUCAUUACCAUUCAUUCUUUAUCAUGGCUGUUGACCUACACACUAGUGGCACUCAUGACUCAUCGUUUCCUUAUGAUUCGUUACUCCCGCCAUCAACGGUCAUUACUCACCCCAACAACUUCAACUUUAACGGUUCAGAUUCAAAUCCACACUCCCUUAUUUCUCGUCAAAUUAGAUCGCAUACAUCUACAACUCCACUCCCUCAUCAACUAACCCAACAACACAUGAAGAUGUCUCUUCAACAAGACCACAAUUUCUCUUCCUCAUGCAUUGCUUCCGAGGAUUUGGAAUCGUUGAAGCCAUUGGAAACAUGCUGGUCUCAACAAUCAUCUUUUUGGUCACCGUUGUACUCAAACCAUGGUAGUCCUGAAGGUUCUUUGUCUCCUACGGAACCUGCAAACAGCCAUGACUCUGAUUGCCAUAACGUGGUUAAGAUGCUUGAGAAGAUGAGAUUCGAAGAUAACGGAAGUUCGGAUUUCCAAACUGAUUUACAAUCCCAUGUUGGAGUCGGUUCAUCACAUGAAUAUCUCCUUAACCAACAAAUACGAGCUAAUCAAUUGUCUCGACUCAGGCAAGAGCAGAUUCUGUGUUUAAAGCAAAGACUCAUUGCUUAUAGAGAAAAUCAUAGUUAUGUAUCAUCGCCGCAAUUUCAAAAGAAUGGUAAAGGAGUUGAUGUUGGAUUUGGGAUGGUUCAUUCCCAACGGUCCGGUUCUCUGAACCGGCAGACCGGUUCUGAGAAGUUGCCGCGUUUUCAGGAAGCUACCGGUUCCAGAGGCCCAUCAUGUGGGACAGGUGUUUUCUUGCCACGUGGAGGAGUCAGUACUAUGUUUGAGUCACAGAGUAAGAGACCAGGUAAAGGUUGUUCAACUGUUCUUAUACCCGAGAGAGUAGUACAAGCUUUGCAACUCCACUUUGAACAUAUUGCUGCCACGUCUGGUCCUAAACCUCCUGCCUUUCCUCCCCUACAUGAUGUUUUAGUGAGUACUAAUAGGGAUGGGAUGUAUGCCCUACAGAAACGCCAAUCACGGAAGAAACAAACGCAAGUUCAGAAUGAGAUGAUUCUGCCACGGGAGUGGACUUACUGAAGCACAAGUGGGAAUGUACUAGAGCUAUAUUUGUAGCUAUUAGUUUUAUAAAGUUGUUCAUGUUAGUAAUGCUUUGUUAGUGGUUUCUGCCAAUUAAAGCAGAAUAAAGAAAUAAAGAAAAGAUGGUUGAUAAGAAGAAUAACGAAAAUCCCUUAGUUGCUAAGUUCUACUUGGUUGCUUCGGAUUCAGUGGAUUAAUAUUUAGGGAAUUGUUUUGGAUGUAAGAUUGUAUCAUAUGAGUAGAUAGCAAAGACAGUUGAGAAUAUGUUCUUUGCUUUGUAUUUUGAUUCUUCCUAAAUAUGUGUAAGAGAAUAUAAUGAUCUAGGGUGGAUCAUAGUAUAAAAUAAAGAGACGAAUAUGUUUUUGAACCUUAUAAAUAUUUCAAUUUUUUUUUAA